AUGGCGUCGGGCAACCUAACUUUAACGCUCAAGAACAUGACUCAGUGUGUUGAGUUCCCUCCUCACGUACAUUCGGCGGGCAUUUUCAGCUACAAAACAUCUGCCGGGAUACCGUAUACCCUUCCUAAUCUGGAGAUGCAGAUGACAGGCAUAAUCCUCGGCCCUACACUGCUUGGACACUUCAAAUUUUUCGGGCAAUACCUGUUUAAUGUAAACAGUCAAGAAAUACUUGGUGUGCUGGCUGAGUUUGGUUAUGGAUUCUUUAUGUUUGUCAUUGGGGUGAAAAUGGAUUUGGGAAUGAUCAACAGGACAGGGCAAAAGGCCUUGUGCGUCGGUGUGGCAUGCGUUGUGGUGCCUUUGGUAGUCGGUAUGCUUGUUCAAACCAAGCUCACCUCUUCUUUCUUCAACCUAACCGAACAAGAAAUGUUCAGGCUUCCAUUUGUGAAUGUGAUAAAUUGUAUGACUCCGUUUCCAGUUGUUGCUCUUCUCCUUGAGCAGCUGAAGAUCUUGAAUUCGGAGAUAGGGAGAUUAGGCAUGUCUGCAGCACUGGUCAGUGACAUAUUUAGUGGGUUCCUGCAAUUUGUGGGCAAGAUGGUUAAAAUGAUAAAAGAGAACAGUAGAGAGGAUACUAUAACGAUGGUGGGGGCAAGCAUUGGCUAUAUCAUCGUUGUUGUGGCCUUACUCAGACCGGCAAUGUAUUGGGUGAUCAAGCAGACUCCAGAAAACAGGCCUGUCAAGAAAACCUAUGUCAACAUCAUCAUCAUGCUUAUGCUUACAUCCGGGGUGCUUUCGCAUAUGUAUGGUCAAGGUUUUCAUUUUGGUCCUUAUAUAUUUGGUUUGGCUGUCCCAGCCGGACCACCAUUGGGAUCAGCUAUUGAAGAGAAGCUCAAUUUGUUCGUUUCGGAUGUGCUUCUGCCCAUCUUCGUGACUGCAUGUUCCAUGAGGACAGAUUUUUGGUCACUGAAAUAUUUAAGCACCGACGCUUACACCCAAGUCAAUGGAAUCCUCUUUGUCGUCGUUCUUGUGACCAAAUUCUUUGCCUCCAUUGUUCCUCCAUUGUAUUGCCGCAUGCCCUUCAGUGAUGCAUUAUCAAUUGCUCUCAUUUUGAGUUGCAAAGGCAUCGUCAACCUUUCCGCCUAUACUGACUACAGAGACAAUCUGACCAUCUCAGAUCCAUCAUUUGCUUUGGCAAUUACUAGCGUUUUAGUGACUGCAACUUUUGUACCGAUUGCGGUGAAGUACCUCUAUGAUCCUUCAAGGAAAUAUGCAGGCUACCAGAGAAGGAAUAUGAUGCAUUUGAAACCCAAUGCUGAGCUCAAAAUUCUUUCAUGCAUUCAUAGGUCAGCCAACAUGCCUGCAGUCAUCAAUCUACUUGAUGCAGCAUGUCCAUCUAAAGAGAACCCCAUUGCUGUCUAUGUUCUUCACCUCAUUGAAUUAGUUGGCAGAGCCUCCCCUGUUUUUAUCUCCCAUCAAAUGCAGAGAAAAUCUUCUUCCAAUGUUUCAUACUCAGACAAUGUCAUUCUCUACUUCAAUCACUUUGUUAGAGAAAAUCUAGGGGCUGUAUCUCUAAGCACCUUCACAUCAAUCUCUGCCCCAAAAUACAUGCAUGAAGACAUAUGCACCGUUGCAUUGGACAAGCUUGUGUCCCUAAUCGUGCUCCCAUUUCACCGGAGAUGGUCUGUUGACGGUUCUGUGGAGUCAGAAGACAACAACACCAGGAUCCUAAAUUGUAGUGUCCUAGAUAGAGCCCCAUGCUCUGUUGGAAUCCUUGUUGACCGCGGCCAUUUAGGCCAGUCCUCCAUUGUAGCACCCGGGUCAUCCUUCUCUGUGGCUAUAAUCUUCUUGGGAGGUAAAGAUGAUAGGGAGGCACUAGCAUUUGUGAAAAGAAUGACCAACGACUCGACGAUUAGCCUAACUGUGAUCCGGCUUGUUGCCUCGGCUGAUGAAGUUGAUGGUUCGAAAUGGGAUAAUGUACUUGAUGCAGAGGAAUUAAAGGGUUUUCGAUAUAAUGAUGUGCGGGAGGGGUUUGUGAUAUACUUGGAGGAAGUUGUAGAAGAUGGACCUCAGACGGCUUUAUUUCUUCGGUCUAUUGUGGAUGACUAUGACCUAAUUAUAGUCGGGAGAAGGUUUAAUGUGAAUUCUCCUCAGACAUCAGGGCUUUCAGAAUGGAGUGAAUUUCCAGAGCUAGGGACUAUAGGGGACUUGCUUGCCUCACCAGAUAUCACUUGCAGAGCUUCUAUUCUAGUGGUACAGCAGCAAAAGAUGACAGGCCUAAUCCUCGGCCCUACAUUCCUUGGGAAACUACCAGUAUUGAAGCAAUACCUGUUUAAUCUACAGAGCCAAGAAAUACUUGGUGUGCUUUCUGAGUUUGGCUAUGGACUCUUUAUGUUUCUCAUUGGAGUGAAAAUGGAUUUGGGAAUGAUAAACAGGACAGGGCAAAAGGCCCUGUGCAGCGGUAUUGCAUGCGUCCUCGUUCCUUUGGUAGUCGGUAUGCUUGUCCAAACCAAGCUCACCUCUUCUUACUUUAAACUAACCGCCAACGAAAUGUUCAAGCUUCCAUUUAUGACUGCAACACAUUGUUUGACUCCCUUUCCGGUUGUUGCUUGCCUUCUUGAGGACCUCAACAUCUUGAAUUCAGAGAUUGGGAGAUUAGGCAUGUCUGCAGCAUUGGUCAGUGACAUGUUUAGUGUGUUUCUGCUAUUUCUGGGCACAUUAGCUAAAAUGGUAGAAGAGAGUUCUGCACGGAGGUCUAUGUUGGGCAUAGGAUCCAGCAUUGGCUAUAUCAUCGUUGUUGUGGCCAUACUCAGACCGGCAAUGUAUUGGGUGAUCAGGCAGACCCCUGAAAACAGGCCUGUCAAGAAAGCCUAUCUCAAUAUCAUCAUCAUCGUUGUGCUUUCAUCUGGGGUGCUUUCGCACAUGUAUGGCCAAGGUUUUCAUUUUGGUCCCUUUAUACUUGGUCUGGCUGUCCCAGCCGGACCACCAUUGGGAUCAGCCAUUGAAGCCAACCUCGGUUUGUUCGUCUCUGAUGUGCUUCUGCCCAUCUUUGUGACUAUAAGUUCCAUGAGGACAGACUUUUUGUCGCUUAAAUAUUUUAAAACUGACGCAUUCACGCACGUCAAUGGAAUCCUCAUCCUCGUCGCUCUUGUGGCCAAAUUCUUAGCCUCCAUUGCUGCUCCAUUGUACUGCAACAUGGCCUUCAGUGAUGCAUUGGCAAUUGCUUUCAUUUUGAGUUGCAAAGGCAUUGUCAACCUUGCCGCCUAUACCAAUUUCAGAGACAAUCAGACCAUCAAUGACCCAACAUUUGUUUUGGCAAUUACUAGCGUAUUAGUGACUGCAACUGUUGUACCGAUCGCGGUGAAUUUCCUAUAUGACCCUUCAAGGAAGUACGCAGGCUACCAGAGAAGGAAUAUGAUGCAUUUGAAACCCAAUGCUGAACUCAAAAUACUUGCCUGCAUUCAUAGGUCCACUAACAUGCCUGCAGUCAUCAAUCUACUUGAUGCAGCAUGUCCAUCUAUAGAGCACCCCAUUGGUGUUUAUGUUCUUCACCUUAUUGAAUUAGUUGGCAGGGCCUCCCCUAUUUUCAUCUCCCACGAAUUGCAGAAAAAAACUGUCUCCAAUGUUUCAUACUCAGACAAUGUCAUUCUUUACUUCAAUCAGUUUGUAAGGGAAAAUCUAGGGGCUGUUUCUCUAAGCCUCUUCACAACAAUCUCUGCACCAAAAUACAUGCAUGAAGACAUAUGCACCCUUGCAUUGGACAAGGUUGUAUCCUUAGUCGUGCUCCCAUUUCACCGGACAUGGUCUAUUGACGGGUCAGUGGAGUCAGAAGACAACAACAUCAGGACCCUAAAUUGUAGUGUCCUAGAUAGAGCCCCAUGCUCUGUUGGAAUUCUUGUAGACCGCGGCUAUUUAGGCCGGUCCACCUCCAUUGUAGCACCUCAGUCAUCAUUUUAUGUGGCUAUAGUCUUCUUGGGAGGUAAAGAUGACCGGGAGGCAUUAGCAUUUGCCAAAAGAAUGGCCAAGGACCCAACGAUUAGCCUAACUGUGAUUCGGCUUGUUUCCACGACUAAUGAAGGUGUUGACUCGGAUUGGGAUAGUGUACUUGAUGCAGAGGAGUUGAAGUGUUUUAGAUAUAAUGAUGUGGAUGAGCGGUAUGUGAUGUACAUGGAGGAAGCUGUGAAAGAUGGGCCUCAGACAACUUUUUUACUGCGGUCUAUUGCGGAUAAGUAUGACCUUAUUAUAGUAGGGAGAAGGUAUGAGGUACACUCCUCUCAGACAGUAGGGCUUUCAGAAUGGAGUGAAUUUCCAGAGCUAGGGACUGUAGGGGAUUUGCUUGCAUCUCCAGAUUUCAAUUGUCGAGCUUCUAUUCUGGUGGUACAGCAGCAAAGGAUGAUGAGACAAUAA